GCAGAGACGCGUGCGCGGCCACGGCGGUGUGCGUAAAGGCGGGCGCGCGCCGCGACGGCGGCGGCGGCGGCGAGGACGGCGGCUACGGCUACGAGGAGACAGCGCAGCAAGCGGAAGAGCGUCCGAGCCAACGGCUAGCUCGCCUAGGGACAUCGUUGGGAUCAGCAACUACCAAUUUGACAAGAUGAGUAACAGCCACCCUCUUCGGCCCUUUACUGCAGUGGGGGAAAUUGAUCAUGUGCAUAUUUUGUCUGAACAUAUUGGUGCUUUGUUGAUUGGAGAAGAAUACGGCGAUGUCACAUUCGUUGUGGAGAAGAAACGUUUUCCUGCCCACCGGGUAAUUUUAGCGGCCAGGUGCCAGUAUUUUAGAGCAUUACUGUAUGGUGGGAUGCGAGAGUCCCAGCCUGAAGCGGAAAUCCCGCUCCAAGAUACCACUGCUGAAGCCUUCACAAUGCUUCUCAAAUACAUCUACACUGGGCGGGCAACCCUUACAGAUGAGAAGGAGGAGGUGCUGCUGGACUUUCUGAGUCUGGCUCAUAAGUACGGGUUUCCAGAGCUGGAGGAUUCCACUUCUGAGUACCUCUGCACCAUCCUUAACAUCCAGAAUGUCUGUAUGACUUUUGAUGUUGCCAGCCUCUACUCACUUCCCAAGUUAACCUGCAUGUGCUGCAUGUUCAUGGACAGAAAUGCUCAAGAGGUGCUCGCCAGUGAAGGUUUCCUCUCCCUUUCGAAGACAGCACUUUUAAACAUUGUAUUAAGAGAUUCAUUUGCAGCUCCUGAAAAAGAUAUUUUCUUAGCUUUGUUAAACUGGUGUAAACACAAUUCAAAGGAAGAUCAUGGUGAAAUCAUGCAGGCUGUGCGUUUACCCCUGAUGAGCCUCACUGAACUUCUGAACGUUGUAAGGCCUUCGGGACUCUUGUCUCCUGAUGCCAUUCUGGAUGCUAUUAAAGUUCGGUCAGAGAGCCGGGAUAUGGACCUCAAUUACAGAGGCAUGCUCAUACCAGAAGAAAACAUUGCGACCAUGAAGUAUGGAGCCCAGGUGGUGAAAGGGGAACUGAAGUCUGCCCUGCUGGAUGGUGAUACUCAGAAUUACGAUUUGGAUCAUGGAUUUUCUAGGCACCCAAUUGAUGAUGAUUGCCGUUCUGGCAUUGAGAUUAAGCUAGGUCAACCAUCCAUUAUCAAUCACAUACGGAUCUUGCUGUGGGACCGGGAUAGCCGAUCUUACUCCUACUUUAUUGAAGUGUCAAUGGAUGAACUUGAUUGGAUCAGAGUGAUAGAUCAUUCACACUAUCUGUGUCGGUCUUGGCAGAAGCUGUAUUUUCCAGCCCGUGUUUGCAGGUAUAUUCGAAUAGUUGGGACUCACAACACAGUGAACAAGAUUUUUCACAUUGUGGCUUUCGAAUGCAUGUUUACAAACAAAAUCUUCACUCUGGAAAAGGGACUGAUAGUUCCCGCAGAGAACGUGGCCACGAUUGCUGAUUGUGCCAGCGUGAUUGAAGGAGUCAGUCGGAGCCGAAAUGCCUUGCUGAAUGGGGACACCAAGAAUUACGACUGGGAUUCCGGCUACACGUGUCACCAGCUAGGGAGCGGGGCAAUUGUGGUCCAGCUGGCACAGCCAUACAUGAUUGGCUCAAUACGGUUACUGCUUUGGGACUGUGAUGAUCGAAGCUAUAGCUAUUAUGUCGAAGUUUCUACCAACCAGCAGCAGUGGACCAUGGUGGCCGACAGAACAAAAGUCUCCUGCAACCUAGGCCCCACCUGCUGCACAUUGGAACCUCUGGGGAGCUGACAGAGGACUGCAUCGGCCCCCCUCAGUCUGCGGUUAGGUGGUUUGGGCAGGACAGAGAGCUGGAACCUGGAGAGGCUCUGCAGAUGGCUGCUGAUGUGAAGCCAGGGAAGAAGAAUCAUCUAGUAAAACCCAAGUCUGGGCAGAGCCAGAAGGAGGCAUCGAGAGGCAGCAGGGACUGAAGCCUGUGGCAUGGCGCGCUUCCACCAGCCCUGCAGUGCGUCUCUCCAGGCCACGGAGAGACAAGCAUAAGGGUGUGUGUUCCCGAUUUGUAAUAUAUUAAACAAAAGUUCUUUUGCUAGA